AUGGAUUUCUUUAUAGUGGUGAUCGACUACUUUACGAAGUGGAUCGAAGCUCACGAACUGGCUCGAAUAAAAGAAGAAAAUAUAGAGAGAUUCAUUCUAGAUGAUGUGAGCUAUUGGUUCGGUGUGCCCAAGAUUUUGCUGACGGAUAAUGGGAAGCAGGUCAAUAACGCAGCAUUCAAAUGGUUCUCCGAAAAGUACCACAUUGAGUUUCACAACACCUCCAUAGCCUACCCUCAGUUGAAUGGGCAAUGUGAAACACGUUGCUUCAGUUUCUCAGUUGAGGCUGCUCAACGGUUCAAAGGCAUGGCUGUCGCUUGUUCAAAGGUGGAGGAGGCAAAGUGCCUUCAUGGGGAGCCGCAUAAGAUCACAGGCCAACUGGAGGUUGAGAAGAAAAUGGCUCGAUCUGAGGAGGUCUGUGCCAAUGAUGUCGAGUUGAUAACUGGAGAGCUGGAACAGGAGGUUGCUAAGCAAGUCAAUGCUAACAACAACUUGAUAAAGGAGAAUGAUGCUCUUUAG